UCAAGAAAUGUGUAGUGCGUUCUGCAGGUCUGGUUUUUAGAAAUUUUUAUUACCACCGAUUUAGAGUGCAUCUCGAUCUUUGAUGCGAAGUAAGAUCGAUGUAGUACCCAUAAUCAAGAUAUGCAUUAUGUAUGGUCCUCUCGAAACUGCUUUAAGGGCUGUUGGGUUUUAUAUAGUGAGUACGUGUGCCUGGGUUUGAUGAUGACGAUGAUGAUUGUUAUUAUUUUAACGGUCCUUUACUUUUCCUGAUAAAUCAUGUAUCCAUUUCUGCUGGCCAGCUUCUCGGUGAGUCCUAAUCCACAAUUAGUCCCAGCAAGAAUAGUAUCAAUACCACCAUGAACGCAUGGGGAUAUUAGUUCGUGAUACCACUGAGCUGAGCCAAGAGACGUAACUCAGAUCGCCGAAUUGAAGGAAUGCAGUUACUUCCCAUAAUCGCGUCGAAGGUUGCCAGCAAUAGAUAAGUGUUCGAUAUCAACAAUCUCACUCUCCAUUGUGGACUACACGAAGUAUGGAACAAGUGUGUACAUUUCCAGAGUUCUUUUUUCUUUAUUUCUUUUUACCAGCUAAUAUAACUUUGUCUGAAGAUGGAAUUGUGAAAAGAAGGCAGUAAAACAACAAGAUGGCAUUUCUGACUAGGGAAAGUGUCUUGGUUGAUUCUGCUAAUCGUGACAACCAGGACCUACUUCUUAUGGCACUGACUGGUGCAUAUGGUAGCUACACGCAAGAAGAGGUGGAUAAUGCACUUAUCCGAGCUGCCAUCAAUGGAAAUAGUCGCUGUGUGUCACUGUUACUGGACUGGAAUGCAGACUGUGAUGCAGAGGACAUGGAUGGCGAUACCCCUUUGAUGCUAGCUGCCUGCAACAACCAUGUUGAUGUUGUGCAGCUACUCAUCAAUGCUGGUUGUGGUGUUAACCAUGUUAGCGACCGUCAUCGUACAGCUUUGCAUAUGGCAGCUUGGGUUGGCAAUGUCAAGGUUUGCCAGAUGCUUCUGCAUGCAGGGGCAGAUCCCACCAUUCAAGAAAUGUAUGGUGACACUGCACUAAUGCUUGCUGCACACCGGUCUCCAGAUGUCGCUAGUCUUUUGGCAAAACACAAGCAGGCAAUCAACAUUAGAAAUGAAAACGGAGACACUGCACUUAACUGUGCAGCAAAGUCAGGCCAUACAGAGAGUGUUCGGGUUUUAGUAGAAGCAGGUGCAGAUAUCAAUGCCAGAAACAGAAAUGGAGAAACAGCUCUGAUGUAUGCCACAUAUGAAAAUCAUGUAGAAACAGCCAAACUCUUACUGCAGUUAGGAACAGAUCCCAAUAUUGCCACCAAUAGUGGGUUAGUGCCUCUCCACAUUGCCUGCCAGAAAAAGAUGGAAGAAAUGUGUGAAGUACUUCUGCAAGGAGGAGCAGACCCAAAUUUUUCCGACAAAAGUGGCCGGCGACCAUUAAGUUUUGCAGUCAGCAGUGGAAGAGCAAGAAUUGUGCUUCAGCUGAUCCAAGCUGGAGCUUGUUCACAAUAUCAAGGGCCAGCACUUUUCAACAAGCGGACUGUUGUAGUCUCCCCUUUGUACAAAGCAUUGCUUGAUAAAAGGCUGGAUAUAGCAGAAAUGCUAUCAAGGACAGGGAGUAGCACCUCAUCUGACCUGUUCCAAAUCUACAAAUGUGAAGAGCUACAGUCUGAGCUGGAAGAUACAACACGUGGCCAAGAGGUGCUAAGCUACAUCAAGAGCAUUGCAUGCUCACCUACAAGCUUGCGACUGACGUGUCUGCAGGUGAUACACUCUAUGGUUGGCAAACAACAAGGAUGGCAAAAUAAAAUCAGGUCACUUCGUAUUCCUAAACCUCUUAUAGCAUUUCUGUUACAUGAGGAUCUGAUUCAUUGUUAGUGUGCUUAAUGUGUGCAAGCAAGUGUAUUUACAUACAAGCAUACAUACAAUGUCUGUCAGUAACACAUGCAUGUGUAUUUCCUUUUACAUCAUAGCAUGUGUCAUGUAAGAAACGUAUAAGAAUGCAUGGACACGCAUACACGUAUAUGCACAACAAGUCAAAGCUUUGCAUUGAUGGGCUGGUCAUGUGUAUUUGUAAAUUAUGAAGAUGAAAUUUCAUGGGAUUUGUGAAAAAAAAUGAUCCUGUGAUUAAUUUGGUACAAUACAACUAAAACUGUUGUUGUAAUUCUUGUAAUAUACUAAUUUAAGCUAUUCAAGUAAUAUAUAUAUAUUUUGGAUAUGCAUACUUAACUGAAUCUAGAGUAUAAUGCAGAAAUGAAUGUGUGAUUUGGUGAAAAUAUCAUACAUUGUGGUAGAAAUUAUUCAAUUGUGCCAUGCAUAGAUUUUUAUCUCCUACACUGAAAAUUCAUUGACAAUAUUCAAUUAUGUAAACCUAACAAUAUUUACAGAAAUUUAGUAAAAUUUUGGAAAUUAGAUUCUUUGGCUAUCUUCAGUGUUAAUUAUGAGUUGAGCAGACUAAUUUUUGUCUAUAAUAUAUUAAUUUAUUGGUAAACUAAUUGAUCAACAGCUGCAGUUAAGAAAUGCUUUUUACAUAAAGAAGGUUGAUGGAUUUUGUAAUUGAUUGAAAAUACUGGACAGUGUUUGGAAAUUGUUUUCUUCUUUUUAGAGCAUGUAGGCAGUUGGAUCAAAGAGGAUACCCUUUGGUUGGAUAUUGAUGUAAAAACUUUGAAACCCACCAGUGGCUCAGUUAAAAACUAUGUAUUUAUUGUCAUUGCACUAUGUGAGGUGCACACAAGUACACAACGCGUACUUAAGAUCUUUCACGAUAAGCACAGCAAUACUGUGAGACAUUUCUCUAGUCAGAUUUGCCUCAUCCUGCUUAAAAUUGAGGACUUUUUCUUUUGAGUGAUGUUAUUCAUGUAAGAAUUGUGUUUGUAGUGCAUUAAAAGUAAUAUUUUUUGGGGCGAAAGUAAAUUUCAGACUGACAUAAAUCUAUGUUUAUUUCAGUUAUUUUGGAUAGCUUUUCGCAUUGUUUGAAGUACUGUCUGAUAUGUACUUACUAGGACUCCAUCGCUUUGUUCAUUAAUAUUUUAAUCUAAGAGUUUUGUAGGUAAAUGGUUUCUGUCCUUUGCAUAUUCCUUUGUCUGAGAACAGCCGGAGUCUUGAUUAGUCACACUGUCAGCAAGUCAGAUAUUUGUUUUGGCAUGUUUUUGAAGAAAGCCCAGACCUCUUGGUAUUAUUUGAGGUUAAUUGGGGAGAUACUAUAUGAGUGAAUUGUUUGUAAUUACAUAAGAAAAACUCAAAAAUGAUAAUUUAGUGAUGUUUGACAAUUACUUAAAAAUCUAAAGGUCACAUUUGUGCAUUUUGUGUGAGACACAAAAUAGGCAGGUCCAAUAAUGUGACUUUAAAUUAUCAUUCUGCUUCUUUGGCUGGCAACAGCAAUGGUGAUGGUUCUUUAUGUAUAUGUACAAUAUAACAGAAACUCAAAUCUUAGUAAGAACCCAAAUUAUCAGAUAUGUUAUAUAGAUUAAGAAAGUUGGACAUCUCAGUUAUCCCCGUUAAACUGACUUGAUGAGUCCUGUAAAGUGUCCAUGGUUAAGGUGAUAGUGUUGACAUCUGCAUUGCCUGAGCCUGAGUAAUACCAUUGAGUCACACAACACAUUGUAAUUACCUGACCUUGCAUGUGGUUUGCUUAUAGUUUUGUAAUGUGAUAUUUGGUUAUUAUAUUGCAUGCAAUGUGAAGUCUUGUAAUCUUAUUGCUUGUAAUUUGUAACUUGGUUGUUGAUGAAUAGUCCUGCUAUGUUGGUUAUUUCUAGUGUGUCAGUUGUGUUCAUUUUUCAUCUACCAGUCACAAUUUCAAUCAUUGGAAACCAUAUAGGCAGUGCUUAAUCAGUAAUUUAUUUUUAAUGGCUUGUAGAGUUUCAUAAGAGGGAUUUAUGUUGUCAGUUUUCAAGGUUAACCAGUUUUCUUCGCUUGACUUAAUUAUUCCCUAUAAUGCUAUGUAGAAUGCUGUGAAAGUAUACAAGUCAUGGGUGGAUGCACUGAGCACACUUUUUGUGGACUGCUGUAGUAUGGUAUUGCUACAGUCUUUCAGUGUUUCUUGGGCAAAACAGGCUUAAGUCUUUGGUAUAUUGGAGUACUUGUCUAGCAAAAAAAGGUGUGAUUUUUAUUUACAGAUGUUUUUAUAACCUUUGUUCUCUUGUAUCCAAUUUCUUUACUGGAGUGUUGUUGAUUACUUAUCACACAUAGCAAGAUAUGUGCCUGAGUUAAAGUUUAGAUGCAGCAAUGUGAUGUGCAUGUAUACAAACCUCUCCUGUGAUCUGAGCAUGCUAUACAUUUGUUGAGCCACCCAUUGGUGAAAUAAACAGUUGGUCCCAUUGUUUUUAA